GCAACCGUUCGCAGUUUUCAAAUCAGGCUGUACUCUUUACCAAUUGUUGGUUUGUCCUUCAGUUUAUUAAUGGUUCAUGAUGGAUGCGUCAUUUGGUGUUUAUCAGAACCUACCUUUUGGUCGUAAAAACGCGAAGAGAAACAACAUAUGUUAUCAAGUUCUUCGUAGAUCUUUACACGUGCAUGGAUCCUCCGUUCGAAGAGAUCUCAAAAUUAUUCGAUCUAUGGUACAGAAAGAAGGCUCUAAAUUUAUUGAAGUCUGGAGAAAUAAUACUAAGCAUCCUGUUGGAUUCGACAGUCAACAUUUGUUCUUCGACAAAUUCAGGACGUGCUACACCACGUUUGGUUCAGAAGGAAAACCGGAGUUGCUUUACAAACUUGACGCUUGUGACACUUCUAAGAAGAUCGAAUCUGCGCUUGUCUUUGAAAGCCCUGUUGAUCAGCACUCGUAUCUGAACUGCACUAAAUAUCAGGGUUAUAAACCUUGCUUGCUAGCAGUUACUGCAGACGGCUGGUUAGUCCGUCAUGAUUUAAAAACCGGAGAUGUUUUACAGAAAGUUUAUUUGUCAAAAAACUACAGAUUCAAACAUCUACUUUGGGAGUCUGAUUUGCAGCGAGUUGUGCUAAAAUCAGUCCAUGUCCUCUCACAGAGCAGACCUUUAAUGUUUUUAUCAAUUUUCUCCAUGGCUCCUUUAGAGUUCCAGGCUCUCGUGCCUGUUGAAAAAUCUAUCUUCGGUCAGGAUAUUGUUGAUGCAGCUGCAAGUAAUGGAUUUUUGGUGAUUAUGCAUCAUUCAAACAGAAUUAAAUUUUACAGUAUGCUAGAAGUCAUAGAGAACUACAGUUUCGUUACAAAACUGGGUCAAAGUAUUAAGUCAUCAGAAGGAUCAUCUAUCGUUGGAAGUUAUCCAGAUGGGCUCCCUGUAAAUGUAUCAUUUAGUUCAAAGCCUGUGGUCUUGUUUGAGAUUUCUAGCAAUCAGCAUGUCAUCUCAUUUGGAGGAUAUCCAUGGCAUUACAUUUCUUGCCCUCAGCCUCACAGCAGUGCAUUUCAUGUUUGUUCAGUGAGAGAUUUGAAACUUGCAAAGAGAGGAAUAUUGGAAAUGAAUAUUUUAUCAGUUGAACCGGACCAGGCAUACUUUCAUGCUGAUAACAGUGGACGUAUUCUUCACAUCGGUUCCCAUGAAAUAAGGUGUUUGAAACUGUGUCAAACAGAGCCCAUGACACCAGGAUUUGAACUCAGACACUGUUUUGUGCUUGAUCUAAAAAAGGAGGAAAGUGCAAGUGAAGGACCCAAGUUCACUUCUUCUGGUCGGGAAAUUAAAGCCAGGACAGAUCAAGUUUUCAACAAUCCUGGCUUUGAAACAAUUUUAGACGUGGAUUAUGAAGAUGAACUGGAUGUUCUGGUUGUUCUCUCUGCAAAUGCAUCAAGCGAUACACCCUGUGGAGUUAUAGGACUCUAUGAUAAUCAAACUGGAUUGCUUAUUCAAGAAACAACUGUCAGUAACUGGGUAGAAGAUGCUGAUCAUUCGAUCAUGAUGGAAAAAGACACAAUAGUUCAUAUCAUCAAGGACUACCAGUUCUGUUCAAGAAAGUUUUCAUGCACAGUUUAUAGGCUAAAUCCCAGCUGAGGAGUCAUUUCUCUUUUCUUUUCCAUGCAGGGUAGUAUAAAACUGUUUAUCAUCAGACAAUUAACAAUUGGUUCAUAUGUCAGUGUGCCUUCAUUGAGAUAUGAAGCAUGUGGGAAGUUUGGAGAGCAUGAAAGAUGCGUAAGAGUUGCUCGAGG